AUCAGAGCCCAGGCAGCGAGGGCGCGCGGUUUUCCGCCUCCGACGUGUUUCCGGUCUUAAAGGCAUUUCGCCUUUCCCUUUAAGACGCGCCGCCCUCUCUCAGUCACUCCCAAGAUGGCGGACCUACUGGGCUCCAUCCUGAGCUCUAUGGAGAAGCCACCCAGCCUCGGUGACCAGGAGACUCGGCGCAAGGCCCGAGAAAGUCACCUCCAACAGGCUCGCCGAACCACGGUCCAGCCUAAGCCAUCCAUUAUCACGGGCAGUUGUACCCAGAAUGUAUGGGGAAGUCUUGGGAUGCAAACUGGACCUUGUCAUGUGAGUCCAGAGCAGGCUGCCCGCCUGAAGAAACUACAAGAACAAGAGAAACAACAGAAAGUGGAGUUUCGUAAAAGGAUGGAGAAAGAGGUGUCAGAUUUCAUCCAAGACAGUGGGCAGAUCAAGAAAAAGUUUCAGCCGAUGAACAAGAUAGAGAGGAGCAUACUACACGACGUGGUGGAGGUGGCCGGCCUGACAUCUUUCUCCUUUGGGGAAGACGAUGAGUGUCGCUAUGUCAUGAUCUUCAAAAAGGAGUUUGCACCCUCAGACGAAGAACUGGACUCCUACCGUCGUGGAGAAGAGUGGGACCCUCAGAAGGCCGAGGAGAAACGGAAGCUGAAGGAGCUGGCCCAGCGGCAGGAGGAGGAGGCGGCCCAGCGGGGCCCUGUGGAGGUGAGCCCUGCCAGUGACUACAAGGACAAGUACAGCCACCUCAUCGGCAAGGGAGCAGCCAAGGAUGCGGCCCACAUGCUGCAGGCCAACAAGACCUACGGCUGCGUGCCUGUGGCCAACAAGAGGGACACACGCUCUAUUGAAGAGGCCAUGAAUGAGAUCCGAGCCAAGAAGCGUCUGCGGCAGAGCGGGGAAGAGUUGCCACCUACCUCCUAGGCACCUCACCCAGCUCCUUUGACCCCUGGGGCAGAGCAGGGGGCAGGGAGGGACAGGCUGCUGCUAUUUGGACCCAUCCUGGAGCCCCCAGUUUUGAACCACCUCCUACCAGCUGUCACUCAGGCUGAGGGGAAGCAGGUGUUCGGUGUAUCACUGUUGGAGCGUGGAUGUGUGUGAGGUAUGCAUGUGUGUAUCUGUGUGUGUGUGUGUGUGUGUGUGUGUGUGUGUGUGAAAAAGCGUGAAUGCACAGGUGGGUAUUUAAUCUGUAUUAUUCUCUGUUUUCCUUGGAAUUUUCUUCCCCAUGGGGCUGGUGUUUCUUUACAUUCAAUAAACACUGUUUGACCCAG